UCCUUCCCUUUGUUUCUCGCCUUCUCGCUCGCUCUCUGGCGGCGAUCGCAUCUCGCCAUCGCGGAUGGAGGUUUCAGCCACCUGAGGCCGAUCCGGUGGUGCCGGCCGCUCGACCCGCGUCCCCGGCGAGGCCGCCGUCCGUCGCCCGCAGCGUUAUUCUCAGAUCCCGUCGAUCGGAUGGAUUCGCCCGAUCUUGAUUCAUAGACGACGCCGGUGAUCGGUCCCCGUGGAGAUGUUCUUGUGAUGCUGAAGCGCGUGGUUGCAUAUGGUGAUCUGGCGGUACUGUUGAUUUAGAUGCACACACUGUAUUCUUUCGCGGUGAUUCCGGGAAUGAAGGAUCUGAUCUUUGCGAUCUCUUGGUGAUAUUCUGGUACUCGGUGACCAUCGUUCGUAUGAGGAGCUUACAGAGAAAUAGAACUGCAACAUAGCAAGCCGGAAAUCAUGGUUGUUGCUCCACAUUGUUAUCUUUCGCAGCUUUUCAGAUCUUUUGAUCAGGAAUGUGAUUCAUCUCAGAAAUAUUUAAUUGGUUACUUGGUCUUGGCUAAAACUGGCAAGCUAGCAAAGGUCAAAAGGGAUACAUUUGACACAGAUUUCGUUGUUGAUAAUGGAUAUCAUAGAGGAUUAAAGAAGAAAAGAUCUGUGGUUAAGACACAGCCUGGAGGUAGUUAUACUGAUCGAAGAUCAAAUGACUGUCUUCUUCCUGGACUUCAUGAUGAUAUCGCACUAGAUUGUCUGGCCUUAACAUGUAGGUCUGAGUACCCUUCACUUGCCUGUCUGAACAAAAGAUUUAACUCACUGAUUCGUAGUGGAUACCUUUACAAAUUAAGGAGACAGCUUGGUGUUAUCGAGCACUGGGUUUAUCUAGCAUGCAGUCUGAUGCCUUGGGAAGCAUUUGAUCCAUUCAGGCGUAGAUGGAUGAGGCUACCACGGAUGCCAUGUGAUGAUUGCUUCUCUUGCGCAGACAAGGAGUCUCUUGCUGUGGGGACCCAGCUUCUUGUUUUUGGACGGGAAGUAAUUGGUUUUGCUAUCUGGAUGUACAGUUUGGUGAGGCAUGAUUGGUCUAGAUGCCCUCCUAUGAAGCUGCAUCGUUGCCUUUUUGGAUCUGGAAGCUCUGGGCACAUCGCUAUUAUUGCUGGGGGAAGUGAUAUGGCUGGCCACGUUUUGAGUAGUGCAGAGUUGUACAAUUCAGAGUGUGGUACUUGGGAGACUUUACCCGAUAUGAAUGUGCCGAGGAGAUUAUGUUCCGGCUUCUUUAUGGAUGGAAAAUUUUAUGUUAUAGGGGGCAUGUCAAACCAUACAGAUCCUUUGACUUGUGGCGAGGAGUACAACAUCGAAUCCAGGACAUGGAGAAGAAUUAGGAACAUGUAUCCUGGUGGAAACAGGGCUACUCAGUCUCCCCCUCUUGUUGCAGUCGUAAAUAAUCAGCUUUAUGCCGCAGAUCAAUCUACGAACGAAGUCAAGAAGUAUGACAAGUCAAACAACACUUGGAAUGUGGUAAGAUCAUUGCCCGUGAGAGCUGACUCUUCCAAUGGUUGGGGUCUUGCAUUCAGGUCAUGCGGUGACAAGUUAUUGGUGGUCGGUGGUCAUCGAGGGCCUCAAGGUGAAGUAAUUGUUCUGCACGUUUGGCGUCCUGAAGAUGGAAACACGGGUGGAGCAGAGUGGGAUGUGCUUUCCAUCAGAGAAAGAGCUGGUGCUUUUGUUUACAACUGUGCGGUGAUGGGUUGUUGAUGCAUGCAAAUGCGUGCUGUUUGUGUGUCAUGAAUUAUAUUAGUCAGGAAAGAUCAGAAGACUUGAUUCAUGAAAUUGCUUAUAUUACUGUUUUUUUGUUUUCUUUUAAGUACUUAAUAUUUUUAAUUCCCCUAUUCAUCGA